AUGAGUGCAGCUUCCGUUCAAGACGAGAAAGCAACGCCUGACGAUGUUCAGGCACUUGUCUCGCGGAAAGAGCGUUUAUCGAGUGCUUUUACAAUCGCUUGCUCUGGCUUCGCGCUCAUCAGCGAUGGACUGCAGAAUAACAUCAUGUCCCUCACCAACGUCGUUUUCGGGCAGAUCUACGGCAAACAGGCUUACAAUUCGUUCUGGUCGACCCAACUCUCGAACUCGUUGACCGUCGGGACUAUUCUGGGGCAGCUUGCGAUUGGGUAUAUUGUCGACAUCAAGGGCCGCAAGUAUGGCAUUGUUAUUUCGACGGUGCUCAUCGUUAUCGGCGUCAUACUUGCGACCGCCGCGCAUGGGGCCCAUGGCUCGUUUCACGGUUUUCUUUGGAUGUUUACGAUUGCCCGCGGAAUCACUGGUUUGGGAGUAGGCGGCGAAUAUCCAAGUUCUUCGACGUCUGCGGCUGAGGCUGCCAACGAGCGUAUGCUUAAACAACGCGGUCCAGUAUUCAUCAUCGUCACGAACUUUGUGCUUUCGAUGGGUGGCCCGGUAGCAUGCAUUCUCUACCUGAUUGUCUUCCAAGCAGCUGGAGGUCUCUCCGCCAACCUUUCUACUGUUUGGAGGACUGUUUUCGGAAUCAGCGCUAUUCCUCCGUUGAUUGUGUUUUACUUCCGACUGAAGAUGCUCAACUCUGCGCUCUACCGCAAGGGCGCUAUCCAAAAGGAUGUACCCUAUAUGCUCAUCGUGCGCUACUACUGGCGGAGCUUGAUUGGCACCGCAGGAGCUUGGUUCUUGUACGAUUUCGUGACGUUUCCCAACGGCAUUUUCUCUGGAGUGAUUAUCUCUUCCAUCGUCAAAGCAUCGGGCCAUGAACUUGUUCGGAAAACUGCCGAGUAUCAGUUACUGCUGGGAAUUAUAUCGGUUCCUGGGUGUUUUGUAGGCGCAGCGUUGGUCAACCGUCUUGGCCGAAGAAACACCAUGGUCAUGGGUUUUUCUGGCUAUCUUAUUUUUGGGUUGGCCGUCGGACUGGCGUACGACAAGGUCAUCAAGAAUGUGGCUGGAUUCGUCGUAUUGUACGGGCUUAUGAACAGUUUCGCGAAUGCUGGACCGGGCGACAUGCUGGGACUGACCUCAAGCGAGUCGUAUGCGACAGCCGUCCGUGGCACUUGCUAUGGAUUCAGCGCCGCAGUAGGCAAGACUGGUGCAGUGUUGGGGACCCAAGCAUUCACUCCACUCCGAAACAAUCUUGGCCCAAGGUGGACGUUUAUCGUCGCGGCAAUUUGUGGGUUGGCAGGAAUGUUGGUCACGGUCCUCUUCGUUCGUAAUGAUCUCGGUGGAGACCUGGCGGAAGAAGAUGCCCGGUUUGCCGCCUUCCUUGAGGCAAAUGGAUGGAAGGGGGAAGUCGGGGCACCAGAAUCGGUAGACGAGUUGGUGGCGGCUGAGAAGGCCGAGACGUAG